CUCACAGCUAGCCUAUUAGAAAAUUGUUAAAAAGCGAAAGGUCUGUCUCUCUGUCUUGGAAUUUUAACAUGUAUUUUUAUAGAAUAAUGUAGAUCUAAGGAAGAAGAAUGGAACUAAAAGGGAGACAACUGGUUAUUUUUACCAGUUUAUAUAUUAGUUAUACUUUGUAUGUGUAUGUAAGAAGAUCUGUAGCUUUCUCCAUACCUGCUUUAGUUACAUCCGAAGGAUUUGAGAAAAGCCAAAUUGGUUUAAUAACUAGCAGCCAGUCUAUUGCAUAUGCCAUCAGUAAAUUUAUCUGUGGUAUCUUAGCUGAUAUUGUAAGCCCUAAAGCACUUAAUAGUGGUGGACUUAUACUGUCUGGUAUAACAGCUAUUAGUUUUACAGGUUUUAAUUCAACUUUAGUUCUGAGUUUUUGGUGGUUUUUAAAUGGAUUAUCACAAGGAGCUGGUUGGCCAGCUGCAGCUGUAAUUCUUAAGCAAUGGUGUCCUCCAACAAUUUUUGGAACAGUAUGGAGUAUAUUAUCAACUUCAAUGAACAUAGCAGGAACAUUCGGUCCAUUAAUCACAGCCACUUUUAUUGCAAGCAUUGGAUGGAGAGAAAGUAUGAGGCUAGCUGGAAUGGUUUCAAUACUUAUAGGAUUUAUAACUUUUGUACUGAUAAAAGAUAAACCAGCUCAGAGCCGAGAUACAAACAAGAAUACUAAAAAAGAGGAGACAGAAAAUAUUUCAAGAUGGAAGAUUUUACGGUUACCAGGAUUUCUGGGUGUAUGUUUGUGUUAUAUGACAGUAUCAUUAAUACAGUAUGGUAUCAUACAAUGGGGGCAGCUAUACUUAGUAGAGGACAUUGGACUUAGCUUGUUAAUAGGAAGUGGUUUUGUCAGUAGUGUGGAGGUAGGAGGAAUUGUGGGAAGUUUUGUGGCAGGAUAUUCCUCAGACUACAUGAUCUCAAAAAAUUCAAAUAUUCCACAAUUUUUAGUGAGAAAGACAUUAUGGAUACACUUUUUCAUAGUAUUAGGUGUUGCACUAUAUAGUUUCAUCACAGUUAUUGAUAAAGAUUCAUCUAAGAUGUUAAUAUCCUUAAUAGGUUUUAUAAUUGGCUUUGCAAUAUAUGGACCUAUAUCAAUAGCUGGAGUAAUCGCUCUGGAAUCUUCACCUAAAAAUAUCUCAGGGACUACUUACGCUGUAGCUGCUUUGUUUUCAAAUAUUGGAAUUUUCCUGGCAGGAUUACCAUUCAGCUACAUAGCCAAACAGUAUGACUUACAGACAACGUUCUUAAUUCUAGGAACUUUUUCAAUUAUCAUGUUUUUGUAUUUAAUAUUUAAGUUAAAGUAUGAACUAUCAUCAUAUCGGGGUGGAUUAAUGAAGGUUUUAUUCAUGAAAUGAAAUUCCUAUAUCAUUUUAAAAUGCUCAAACUUGUAGGUUGUUAUUUUUGAGAGAUGUCUUUUUUAUUGGGUAAAAAAAAAUAAUUGUCAAAGGCUAUGAUGUAUUAUUAAGAAUUAGACUAAAAUUUUUAAGAAUAUUGAUUUUAGAAUGCAUAAUAACGUAUUUUGAAUUUUAUUUUAAAUUUACAAUUUUUAUAAAAGAGUUUAUAUUCCAAAGACCUUUGUUUAAAUAAAAUCCUUUAUCAUUUUACGAUGUAAUUUCUUAUAAUGGUAUC